AUGACAACAAAAACAAAUGCAACAAACCCAAGGACAGCACCAAGAUGUCUAGCUGAUUUAAAAUCAGCUGGAAUAGAUAUAGCAUUGCUGUUGCAACAGAUGGAACGACAGCAACAGCGAGAGCACCGAUUGAUUCGACGUCUAGAUAGAUAUCACCUACAACAGCAAAG